AUGUCAGUCGAAGAGUGUGAAAGCGAUAGCAGUGAAAUUAUUUUUGCUAAAAAACGGCAUAGAGUGGAUGUACUAUUUUUAUCAUCUGAGGAAGAGGAGGAGAAUGUUGGAGAAUGGCAUGAUCCGAGGGGUACUCUGUCAAACAUUGUUCCUUUUACACAUCCUUCUGGGUUUGUAAGUGAAAAUUUGCAUAUAAGGUCAGAUAUAGCGAUAGAAACCUGCUAUGAAUUAUUUGUGCCGGAUAAAUUGUUCGAAGAAAUCGCCCAACAAACAAACUUAUAUGCAUCACAGCAAUUAGAAGGUGGAUGCACGCAGCGCUUGGCAAAGUGGACAGUGACAAAUAAAAGUGAAAUAAAGAGAUUUUUUGGGCUAAUUCUAUGGAUGGGAUUAGUGAAACUACCAACCAUAUAUUUAUAUUGGUUCCAUGAUCCUGUGUAUAUGCAAACGUUUCCGAAAAAAAUCAUGUCCAGAAACAGAUUUGAACUGUUAUUGAGAAUGCUACAUUUUGCAGAUAACAGAAACAGUAAUGGUUCCAAUCGUUUGUUCAAAAUACAACCAGUUAUAGACACUUUGUAAAUAAAUUUUAAAAAAUAUUACAAUCCAACCGAGGACAUAUGUAUUGAUGAAUCCUUAAUUCCGUUUCGUGGCCGCAUUAUAUUUAGACAAUAUUUAAAACCGGGCUAUACAUAUGCUCUUCGUGUAUAUACAGGGAAAACUUUAGAAAAAGAAAAUACUACGCCCACUAAAAUCGUAAUGUCCCUUUGCAGAGAUUUAUUCGAUAAGGGACACACGCUAUACACUGACAACUGGUAUACAAGCUUGGAAUUAGCGGAAAAAUUAAUCAAUAAAAAUAUUCAUUUAGUAGGAACAUUACGUUCAAAUCGACGAAGAAAUCCGCAGCAAGUAAUAUCAAAAAAAUUAAAACGGGGAGAAAUCAUUGCAAAAGAAAAUGAACAAGGAAUACCCACUUUAAAAUGGAAAGAUAAACGGGACAUCCUAGUUCUAUCGACAAAUCAUUCAUCAGAAAUGGUGAAUGUUGAAAGUCGAUCAGAACACAAUUUAAAACCACAAAUUAUAGUCGACUAUAACAGAGGAAAGGCAGCUGUCGACUUAUCCGACCAAAUGAAUGCCUACAAUAAUCCACUACGCAGGUCCAUGAAAUGGUACAGAAAGCUAACCUUUGAACUGUUAUUGGAUACUACAGUUCUAAAUAAUUAUAUUUUAUAUAAAGAUAUCACGAAGAAGAAUAUCAGUAUUACUGAUGUUACGUACGCAAACUAG